CCGACAGGUUCGCCCCGGUCUGACUCUGACCCAAGAGCGAUGCGGCGAGAAGCGGCCGUCGCGCCCGCGGCGGCCGUCACCUCGCCGCAGACCGCGGCCAGCGGACCGGAAAUGGGGAAUGCCGGGGCGGUGGUCAUCGACGUCGACAGUCCCGCGGCGGCGGCCAUCGAUCUCGACCUCGACGCCGGGCACGGCGUGGCGUGCCGGAUCUGCCACCUCAGCCCCGAGGGCGGCGACGCGCCCGCAACGGCGCCUGGGUCGGAGGUGAUCCGGCUCGGCUGCUGCUGCAAGGAGGAGCUCGGCCACGCGCACCGACAAUGCGCCGAGGCGUGGUUCCGGAUCAAGGGCGACAGGCGCUGUGAAAUUUGUGGUUCAGAUGCCAAAAACAUUACUGGCCUGGAAGUGAAAAAAUUCAUGGAGGAUUGGCAUGGGCGAAGAAUGGAUACCACCGGAGAUAUGGUAGAGAGGGAAAGCACUUGCUGGCGGCGGCAGCCCUUUUGCAACUUCUUGCUAGCUUGCUUACUGAUUGCUUUCAUGCUCCCCUGGUUUUUCCGUGUAAAUAUACUGUGAAUUAUGCUGCUGCAACUGGGUCAUGUCAUGUUGAAUCACACUAAUCGUACAGAAUUUAUAGGCGGAAUCACAACACAGUUC